GGUGAGGGUGAGGGUUCACCUGGAUUCGCUCUCCGGAGGCGCCCCCGGCUCACCCCGCUCCCUGGUUUCCCUCGGUCGCCGGAAAGAGGGGAGCCGGGGAAUCCAGUGUCACCGCCGCCGAAGUGUAGAAGGAGGGAAAGGACUUCCCCAGUUAGCCUAGCGAUUAGCAGUGUGGGGUGUGGGGCGACCGCCGUGCCGAGUCGGACCCCGCUGUGCCCAGGUGCGGUGUGCGUGCCCGGAGGUCCGGGAAAGGGAGCGCAAAGCAGGAGGGCACCCAGGCAGCCUGGAUAAUUAAGUGAGCGCUUCAGCUCCCAGACCUUCCCGGCGCCGCGUUAGGGCUGCGAGGGAGGGGUCAGGACUCACCCCCGGUGGGACGGAGAUGUUGGAGGGGAUGCGCCCCGGUGGGUGCGUCGUUCCCGCUCUGCGCUAAGGGGCAGGGCGGAAGACAGAACUGGGAGGAGAGCUCUGGUCUGAUGAGUGAACUGAUGGGAAGUGCCCUGUUUGGGGGUAACCAUUCCCCCACCCCCAGUUGUUCCUGAAGUGGGAAGUCAGUGUUAACGUUGUAACGAAAUGGGUCUCCGAAGGUAUUGAGGAGUCAGGAAGAGACCUGGGAAGUUAAGUUUCUUGCAAAGUAUAGUGGGGAUUGCAGCUGCUGAGCAGGGAUUCUGGAAGGCAUUGCGCACCUGAGCCCCCAGCAUGGCGGGCCUAAAGCGGCGGGCAAGCCAGGUGUGGCCAGAAGAGCAUGGUGAGCAGGAGCACGGGCUGUACAGCCUGCACCGCAUGUUUGACAUCGUGGGCACCCACCUGACACACAGGGAUGUGCGCGUUCUUUCUUUCCUCUUUGUCGACGUCAUUGAUGACCAUGAGCGUGGCCUCAUCCGAAAUGGACGUGACUUCUUAUUGGCGUUGGAGCGCCAGGGCCGCUGUGAUGAGAGUAACUUUCGCCAGGUGCUGCAGCUGCUGCGCAUCAUCACUCGUCAUGACCUGCUGCCCUACGUCACCCUCAAGAGGAGGCGGGCUGGUGAGGUGUGCCCUGAUCUUGUAGACAAGUAUCUGGAGGAGACGUCAAUUCGCUAUGUGACCCCCAGAGCCCUCAGCGAUCCAGAACCGAGGCCUCCACAACCCCCCAAAACAGUGCCUCCCCACUAUCCUGUGGUGUGCUGCCCCACUUCGGGCCCUCAGAUGUGUAGCAAGCGGCCAGCUCGAGGGAGAGCCACACUUGGGAGCCAACGAAAACGCCGGAAGUCAGUAACACCAGACCCCAAGGAAAAGCAGACAUGUGACAUCAGACUGCGGGUUCGGGCUGAGUACUGCCAGCAUGAGACCGCUCUGCAAGGCAACGUCUUCUCUAACAAGCAGGACCCACUCGAGCGCCAGUUUGAGCGCUUUAACCAGGCCAACACCAUCCUCAAGUCUCGGGACCUGGGCUCCAUCAUCUGUGACAUCAAGUUCUCUGAGCUCACCUACCUCGACGCAUUCUGGCGCGACUACAUCAACGGCUCUCUACUAGAGGCGCUUAAAGGCGUCUUUAUCACAGACUCCCUCAAGCAGGCUGUGGGCCACGAAGCCAUCAAGCUGCUGGUGAACGUGGACGAGGAGGACUACGAGCUGGGCCGGCAGAAACUCCUGAGGAACUUGAUGCUGCAGGCACUGCCCUGACCUUUCCCCCUCACCUCUCGGGGGACUGUUCCCACCGCCCACCUCUGGAGCUUACAUACUGUUCUGGGGUUUGUUCUCUGCCCUUCCGACCAAUCACACCCCUGCCUUUUUUUUUUUUUUUUUUUUUUAAAGGAAAAGACAAAGGAAAAUGGAAGUGGUGUUCCCCACCCCUCCCUGCACCCACGUGCCUGGGCCUCCCCCCUUUCCCUUUUCCAUGGACCCUCCUAAUGUGUGUCUCCACAGCCACCUUGCCACCGAGCCGUAAGACAGAUGUAGAGGGAGAAGCAAAGGCUGCGGGAUGUAGUCUUUGUUAAGGGAUGCAAGUGAACACUGCUUCCGGGUGCAUUGCGGGGGGGUUAUCCGUACUUCUGGCUUUACGAGGGCUCUUCAGUUUUGUCUGAAAAACCAAAGGGCUGUGAGUAAGGGAGCUGUGUGGAAGGUGGGACUCUGAAGUGUAUUUUGGAAAUUAAUCACCACCCUCUCCCAAAUUAUAUAAUUUUUAAAAAACAAAGAAGCUGUGGCCCUUUCCGCUCUCUCCUGGCCUCUGGUGCUGCUCCUCUCUGCCUCAUUCCCUCCAUUCCAGGGCUUCAGACCUCUGCCUGGUGUGGCUCCGUCCUUUGUCCCCUUUGCCAAACCCUCUUCAAGGGAGGACGGUAAGAGGACUGGGUCAGCUGAGUCGCUCCUCCCAGCAGGGUGGAUGGAGAAGGGGGUGCUGAUUAAGAUACACUCCCCCUGAGAAGGGGAAGGGGGAGUGUGAGACUUCCCUUCCAUGUUCAAGUGAAAAUAAAUCAUGUACCCUGCAGCCCUUUCCCCUUUGCUUUCUUCUGGCUUGGGCAAAGGGCAUCACAGGUGAAUGUGAAGUCAUUCAGUAUCACCUCCUAUCUGCUCUUUCCUUCCCCAUUCUCUGCCCCACUCCCACUCCCAAGCUUCCGAGCAUGGGGCUGGGACAUGCACUGAGUGUUGCACUUUUAUUUGGGUAGGGAGGCAUGUUGAAUGAGCCAGGAGGCCUACAACUGGAGCCUAGUCUAGCUGGUACACCACCACCUCCCCUUUCAGCUCCCAAAGGAGAUGUCCAGACACAGACUUUAUGAUGGUUAUAUUUUUUUCAAUGCCAGUGCUGCUCAGCCCUCAGCAUAACGUCAGUUUUCAUGAAAUAAACAGUGACUAUAUAAAA